AGUCAUCCUUUCUUUUCAACGCCCACCCAUCAAGUUUUCGUUUGUUUUUCUGCUCGAUCUUCAGCAGCUGUCAUCCUUUCCUUUGAAGUCAGCAAUGUUGAAGCUGCGCCUUGCAAUCGUCCUUUACACCUUCGUUCUCGAAGCCCUUUUCCCUUUUCCCAGCCUUCCUGUCUCUGAAAGUAUCCAGAAAUCCCUUAUUUGGCAAACCAGCUUCUUCACUCUUUGGAAUGGAUACUUUUAUAUCAUCUAUUUCAUUGCCUUCCUCUACUUCUUCAGCAUCUUCUUUGUCAUCCGACAAGCCAUCUUGAACCGGAUGAAACGUAACUCAGACUUCCGCCAGAAGGUUGAAGAGCGCAAGGCCGUUUACGAGGUCAAGCGGGCUGCUAAAGCCGCCGAAGACCGUGCCAAAGGGAAAAUUCCCCAGUCACCGCGCAGGGUGUGGGCCAAAAUUGUUAUAAACUUGGCUCUCUCUGUCAUCAUGACUGUAAAUUGCGCAGUCUGGAACCGCUACACCGAUGCGCCAACCGUGUUGGAUGGUUCCCUUCGCCGUUUCUAUGAGAUGUUUCGACUCUCGUCCCGGAUCUUUGUGCUUGAAAUGGUUGUCCUGUCAUUGCUCCUCCCCGUCAUCUUUGGGAUCAAAGUUCUGCGUGCCCGACGCGCUGCUCGACGGAAUGCAGCUGCAGGCUCCGUUCAGACGACGGAAAUUCUGGCCGACGGUCGUGCACCAAUGAAUGAAAAGGUUUUGAUCGACCUUUCAGAUGGAUUGGAUUAUAUCUCAGAGAAGAUGGAUCUGAACCAGACGCCAUACAAGGACGAAGAGGCCGAGUUGAGGGAACCGUUGCUUUGAUCAUUUCGACCUCAGGACGAACUUGAAGAGGAAGGAGAACUGAGGGUAUAUUUAUGGAUCGUUACAUCGAUUUUCUUUGUUUGCUGCUUGCCAAUACCUUUCACCAGUAUUUACAGAACAUUCUUGGUUGCAAUAUGUAGAUGUACUUUUUGUGACUAGUAAAAUCAAUACUUGAAUUCUUCCCCGU